CAGGCCGCCCGCGCGCUCGCGGUCCCGCCGCCCGCCCGGCUUCCCCCGCGGCCCCCCCGCGCGCCCCGCGCCAACCGCGUCCCUCCCCGCCGACGAGCCGCCUCAGGCCCGGCGCGAACAUGGCGCUCGUCCCCUGCCAGGUGCUGCGGGUGGCGAUCCUGCUGUCCUACUGCUCCAUCCUGUGCAACUACAAGGCCAUCGAAAUGCCCUCGCAUCAGACCUACGGCGGGAGCUGGAAGUUCCUGACGUUCAUUGAUCUGGUCAUCCAGGCUGUCUUCUUUGGCAUCUGUGUGCUGACUGAUCUCUCUAGUCUUCUGACUAGAGGAAGUGGGAACCAAGAACAAGAGAGGCAGCUCAAGAAGCUCAUCUCUCUCCGGGACUGGAUGUUAGCCGUGCUGGCCUUCCCUGUUGGUGUUUUUGUGGUAGCGGUGUUCUGGAUCAUUUAUGCCUAUGACAGAGAGAUGAUUUACCCGAAGUUGCUUGAUAAUUUUAUUCCCGGGUGGCUGAAUCAUGGAAUGCACACAACGGUUUUGCCCUUUAUAUUAAUUGAGAUGAGGACAUCGCACCACGCAUAUCCCAGCAGGAGCAGUGGACUCGCCGCCAUAUGUACCUUCUCUGUUGGCUAUAUAUUAUGGGUGUGCUGGGUGCACCAUGUAACCGGGAUGUGGGUGUACCCUUUCCUGGAACACAUUGGCCCAGGAGCCAGAGUCGUCUUCUUUGGGUCCACAACCAUCUUAAUGAACUUUUUGUACCUGCUAGGAGAAGUUCUGAACAGCUAUGUCUGGGAUACACAGAGAGGGCCUCCAUCAUGGCAAGGCAUGGAAGAAGAGAAAGAGAAGCCUAAAUUGGAAUGAGACCUAAAUCGAAAUGCAAAAGCUGGAUUGAGCUACCACAGAAGAUGUGUUACCCCUGGGCAUUGGCAGUGCACGAGAGGAAGCUUUCAAGAAAGCAGUAGAAUCUGUUUCCACCUCCCUCCUCAGAGGGGGACACCUUUUAUACAGAAAUAUAUGUAAGAAUAGAAUACAGUUGUUUCCAAAAUAACUUCCCCUCAUUGUGUUUUAAAGAAUUCUUUCCAAAUUCAUCAUUGAUAAUAACAUCAUUUUGCCCCUUCUUAAAACUAAAUCAGUCAUUGAAUUUUAAUCUUUGCAAUUGUAAUUCCAUUUAAUCAAGGAGGAAUAAAAUUCUACUGUGCUUCUUGUUGAGAAAUACAUGAAAACCAAAAAGGAAGACGUAGAGCACAGCGUUUGUGUCUUUAGUCCUACACCUGGCUGGAGUAAUGAACCUGGGCCACAGUGUUUAAGUCCAGAGAGAACGUGAUGGAUGUUCCCUAGUGCGAUAACGUCAUACAGUUGCCCCAAACAGACAAUGUUAGUAAUAAUCACGUCAAUUUUGUUAAAAACCUCAGUGUGUAUGUAUCCCAUGGUUUAAUCUUGUGAAACUUUUCCUAGAUGCAAACUACAAUUUUAAUAAAGACCAAACAACUCCUAA